CCAUAGUAUAGCCAAUAUGGGCCACAACGAAAUUCAUCACGAUGAUGCCGCCGUGGAGUCUGGCGCUGACUCCCGACAGCGAUCGCUUCCAUAUCGGAUCUACACACAUUCGUGGUUCCAGAUCCUCCUCAUCAGCUUCAUCUGUUUCUGUUGCCCGGGGAUGUACAACGCGCUCUCCGGCUUGGGAGGCUCCGGACAAGUCGACCCUACGGUUGCCGCCAACGCGACAGUAGCCCUGCUCGCUGCGACAGCUGCUACGGCUUUGUUUAUCGUUGGACCCAUCUUCGACCGUGUCGGACCUCGAAUGUGCUUGCUGAUCGGCGGAUGGACCUACUCCCUGUACUCGGGAAGUCUACUAUGUUUCAACCAUACCUCCAACGGCGCGUUCGUCAUCGCCGCCGGUGCUCUUCUCGGUAUCGGAGCGUCCUUCCUCUGGGUGGCGCAAGGAGCCAUCAUGACGACGUACGUGCCUGAAUCCCAAAAAGGCCGGGCCAUCGCCGCCUUCUGGAUCAUCUUCAACCUAGGCGGCGGCGUGGGGUCGCUCGCCAGCUUUGGACUCAACUACCACUCGCACAGCGGGACCGUAACAGACGGGACCUACAUCGCCCUGCUGAUCAUCAUGGCCAUCGGCUGGCUGCUCGGCGCCCUGAUCUGCCCGCCCGCUUCCAUCCGCGUGCAAGGACUGCAGCCCACGCCAGAGACGGAGAAGAACUGGCGUCGGACGGCGAGAUUGACCGUCCAGACGCUGACCGACUGGCGGGUUCUCUGCAUGAUCCCCAUGUUCUUCUGCGCCAAUGUCUUCUACUCGUACCAGCAGAACAUCGUCAACGGGAUGACCUUCAACAUCCGCACGCGGUCUCUCAACGGGUCCCUGUACUGGAUAGCUCAGAUGCUGGGCGGGCUCAUCAUCGGUCUGAUCCUCGAUAUGCCGCGGGUGAACCGGCAGAACCGCGCACGGGUGGGCUGGCUGUUCCUCUUCGUGACCGGCAUGGCCAUCUGGGGCGGGGGGUAUGCGUUCCAGAAAUGGUACGACCGGCGCCGGGCAGAGGGACAUAAACAGGACAUCGACUACACGGACGGCGCACUGUCAACAGGUCCGAUCUUCUUGUAUAUUUUCUACGGGGCGUACGAUGCCUUUUGGCAGGGAUUCUGCUACUGGCUUAUGGGGGCUCGGUCCAAUGCACCAGCCGUAGCGGCCAUCCUUGUCGGCGCGUACAAGACAUUCCAGGCGACCGGGGGUGCGAUGGCCUGGCGGUUGAAUGCGCUGGCCAAGCCGGCCAUGACGCAGUUUGCCAUGGACUGGGGACUGUGUAUGGGGGCACUGGUGGUUGCCAUCCCGUCUGUGUUGGCUGUGACGUUGACCAGCGAGGUUCAAGAGGAAGUGAGACAGACGAAGGAUAACGAUGAAUGAUGGCAUGAAUAGUAUCGUAUUUGUGGAGAUAAUCUAUGUCCUUGGUACAGGUCUAAUCCAAGAAACACAAAGAUUGACCCCUGCAACUAUCGCCCCGAUAAUCCACAAAGCUCGAUCGUAGUGUGUGCCGUUGUAGCGGAAGAUGAUAGCAAAGACGAUUCCACCAAAGUUUCCCAUUCCCCCUACAAUGCCCGAG